CAGGUGGCGCUCUUUCUAUCUCUGUUGAAAAAAAUGACGCUACAGCGGUUGCCGUCAUUUCCGGUCACAAGUAAACAAGAUGGCGUCAGGCAGCGGGUCGAGUAAAAACGACUUCAGGCGGAAAUGGGACAAAGACGAGUACGAGAACCUCGCCCAGAAACGUCUGGUGGAGGAGAGGGAGCGCGAGCGGCGAGAUGGAAAAACUGCGCCGCCGGUCAAGCGGGACCUCCUGCGUCACCGGGACUACAAGGUGGACCUGGAGUCCAAGCUGGGGAAGACCAUCGUCAUCACCAAGACCACACCGCAGGCCGAGAUGGGCGGGUAUUACUGUAACGUGUGCGACUGUGUGGUCAAAGACUCCAUCAACUUCCUGGAUCACAUCAACGGCAAAAAACAUCAGAGGAACCUGGGCAUGUCGAUGCGGGUGGAGCGCUCGUCUCUUGAUCAGGUGAAGAAGAGAUUCGAGGUGAACAAGAAGAAGUUGGAGGAGAAACAGAAGGAGUACGACUUCGAGGAGCGCAUGAAGGAGCUGCGGGAGGAGGAGGAGAAGGCGAAGGCGUACAAGAAGGAGAAGCAGAAGGAGCGGAAGCGACGGGCGGAGGAGGACGUGGACUUCGAGGAGGACGAAGAGAUGGCGGCAGUGAUGGGCUUCUCUGGCUUCGGCUCGUCCAAGAAGAGCCACUGAAGCUCCGCCUCUCUCAGGCAGGAAGCAGGUUUCUACCCCGCCCUCUCUACAUCAGGCGGAGGUUCGGACUUAGGCGGAGUAGCAUCGGCGCUCGUCUUGGACUCUUACUUUGUUAUUCACAGCCAGACUUUUAUUAUGUUAGUCCAUUCAGAUGUAAUGGACUAAAACGUAAAACUUUAUUUAAAGCACAGCUCAGACAGUCUGUAUCAGCCCCUAGGCAUGCUGGGAAAUUCAAAUUGUAAUAAACAGUUUUUGUUUUUUUAAA